AUGUUUGAGGAGACGAUCGCCGGCAUUCGCGAAAUCCGGCAACAUGUCAACAUCGACGAGGACUACCAGACGGUAGUCGAAGCGGAGGAGGCGAUGUCACUCCGUGAGCAGCAGAGGCGGCAAGAGCUCGACCAAAUGCAUGCGAAACUCAAGUCGUUAUCCAGGGUCCUCGACGCUGCGCGGAAGUCCGCUACGCGACCGCCCACACUACCUUCUGCAGAGCAACACGCGCGAAUGAUGGAUCAACUGACCGCAACCCGUCUCGCGUUGGCGAAACAGAUCGACGAGCAGGAGGCCGCCCUCGCUCAGAAAGAACGCGAGCUAGCGCGUCUACAAUCCCUCGAAACAGAUCUCGAGAAUCCGGAACACGAACCGGCAUAUGAACACGCAGAGUCUCUGGCGGGCACAGCGAUCCGGUUGGAGAUAUACAAAGGGAUGGGCUUCGAACCUGUUUUCGACGAACACGGGGAGAUGACCAAGAUGCUCAUACGGUCGUUAUCUGGUGAUGUCCAUGUCGUCGAGAUAAAUGUACACGCGAACGAUGAUGAGCUACGGCAGCAACGUCAAAUGAUAUGGAAAUUGGCGACGACUUGAUUCACUCUCGUGUCAUGCAUUCCUGCCGUGUCGUGUGGAAGGAGGAAUGUUGUAGACGCCAGGAGCCGUUCCGAGAAACGUAGUCUGGCAGCAGCACGUGCGGUGUAUUCAUGUACCCGCCCAUGCUCGACCACUCUCUCCACUGUUUGGCUACACUUCGUGUGUCCGGUGGAGGUGAGUUCGGUCCGCAUACUCUUAUCUCCUGUAUUGCUAUCCUAUGCACGGCUACAGGUCCUAAUAUCGAGGAUGCCAAAUUCC